AUGGAGACCCAACAGGACAGUCUGGACAUUGCCAACCUGCAACGCGUCGCGCUGGGGCAGGAAUUUCCUCAUUCCCAACUCUCCCCCCAGCAGCUCGAACCUGUCGAAAUUUCUCUCUCCGAGACCCGUGAUCCUCCGUCUUCACGAAAUCUCGACGAUUCGGUGUCGCUCGCAGCGCCGCAUAGCCCUCGGAAUUUAUCACCGUCGCAUCGGUCCCGGUCCUCCCUGUCGCCCUCGGGAGAACGACAACGACAGCAUGAUACGGUAGCAUUGAAAAACGACAACCGACCAGUCGAUCAAAAUCGUGUGCCCUUGCAACAACCAGUGAAAAUGAGUUCUGCGGAAACGGUGCCUUCCGACACUCAGGUCAUCUCUCAAUCGGUGUAUGACGACCUCAUCAAACAGAACCAGGAGGCUGCCGCCCGCAAUGAGACGGAUAAUAGUUUGGCGGAUCGGGCAACGCUGGCAACCAUGUAUGAGGGUGAUAGUGGUCACAUAGAUCUGCUAGCGGGGUUCGACCACAUCAACACCGACACGGCCAAUGCCGACGAGAACGAGGACCAGAGUAGCUUCAAAUUGGGCGAAUCAUCCCCCAUGCAUUACCAGCCGAGUUUCUUCCCCGAAUCCCAGCGCUUUGUGUCCAAGACUCCCGCGACGGUGGUGAAGCGCAGCGAGACCGACGGCUUGAAUACGGGUUCUCCUACCGUCUCCCGCAAUCCACUUGCCUCGGAUGUCGGGUCCAGCGGUGGUAUCAUGGCCUUAAGUCAGGUUUUCAGAGCGACUCAGGCACCGUCCUCUCCUCUGGUCCGUGGCCAGCAUUCCGAUCCCAUGUCUGAUCGGCCUUCGCCCAAUCUUCCAAUCCAGGGUCACCCGCUUGCCGCGACUCUCUCCUCCCCGUUGAAUCACAUCGCAGCAACCUUUCCACGGGACUCAUCAGAGCCUCAGCUGAACUACAUCACCGUAAAGGAAUCGCAAGCAGAACGCGAGAAGAUAUUACGGGAGAGACUGACGCGCUCGGCGGAUUAUGUCUAUUCGGAGGAUCAUAGUGAUGGUGAGUUUGAUAAGGAGCCUAGCUUUGUUGAGCGUAUGGCACGCCAGCGAAUGAUUGACCAGGAGGCUGCAGCUCAGUUUUCGGGGCUUACAGCCCCCGCAAGACCCCCAAGCCGCCGGGGCAGAUCAACUGGCAAGGCAUCCGAGGAACCCAAUCAGUCGGCCGCUGCUGUUCAAGAGGGUAGGCAGCAGACCGGCAUUGGCGCCCUACCGACAGACGAAGCUAGCGAGGAAGAAACAGAACAUGAGCAAGAGCGUCAUCAAGCAGUGUCCAAGACUCCGGCGCUGAAUCCUUCAAACGAGGAAGAGAAGGAAAAUUAUGAAGAUCCUGCAACGACUCCGCGCCCUACGGCGACCAACGCACAUGAUCGCCUUUCACAGGUAUUAUCGUUAGAUGGAAGUCCGUCCCCGAGACCUAGGAAGCCGAUCAGCGCGCCUGCCGACUCCCAGCGACAGUCUCAAGACGAGACCCGGGACAACCUCAUGGGCGGUAUUGGCAGAUCAUCACAAAUUAUGAUGGUCGAGGAUUCCCAACAAUCUCCUAAGCAUGAUCAGGAUGAGACGAUCAACAAUACUAAUCCAGAACCGUGGACACAGUACGCUGCGUCACACCAGAAUUCGCAGAUGCCGCGGUCGUAUGGCCCCGAGCAUACAGUGUGCUCGCCCGAAAAGCCUACUCGCAUACAGUCCUCUCCUCCGUCGGCAUCUCAGCGAAGCCGGGUCUCGUUCCAACUUGAUCAACAUAGGCGGUCUCGGGGGAGGUCUGGCUCGGCCUCUUCUCGCGAGUCCUUAGAACAUCUUGCCCGGAAUCCUAUUGCUCAUGAUGGCACCAUGCUGCCUGGCCAAACCAAGGAACCAAAUUCUACAGGAGGGCUCGAGAAGAGUUCGCGUUCUGAUCCUCGAGAGAAAUCGUCGUCAAUGCCCUCUCGCGUUGCGGAAACACCAGUCCACCACGCAAGGAGCUUUGGAGAUGAGAUUCCAGCAACAGAUGUCCCAGAAACAAGCCCCAAUCGACUCCAAAAUGAUUUGAUGGACCAAGAAGAUGACGACUUGCCCCCUAUUCACCCGACUGUGCACGAAAGAAUCUCCCAUUCUCAGCCCGCAAAUCCAGACAGCUCAUCUCCCCUGAAAAGCCGACUUAAUUCUAAAAUCCUAUCUAGUCCGAGCGGGAGGCAGCGCAGGGCUUUGACCGAAAUCGCAGCUGAUGUUUCACCUCGGGCUGGACUAGGUCCUUUUGACGUCGACAUCAACAUACUCUCUGCCGACGAUCGGGAAUUUAGGUCUGCGAUUGAUAUGUCCCCAAUACCACCCAGAAAGAAACGCCGUAGAAAUGAUGGCAGAAGUAUCUGUGCAUCUGAUUCUUUGAUCCCGGUGACACCUCGGCCGACUUCCUAUCUUCCUCGCCUCGAAGAAAUUGAACCGACUGGAACGGGAGAGCCGCAACAACCAGAACCAGAAAUGGCACCGGAGACAGUCUUCGAGAAACGAUCGAGACCUUCUCGGCGAAAGGACCCUUGGGAUCUAGACGACCCCCCCAAGGCCCAUAUACCACGAACUGGAGGCCCUAGGCCACUCGCGCGCUCUCUAGAAAAGAAACCACAGCGAUCCCGUGAACCAGCGAAGGAUAUCGACGUUCAACCCGCUGUAAGCCGCCAUCACCAAAGUACCAGUCCGGAUCCUUUGGCACAGCCUCAAACAACACCGUCAACUAAAACCCUACUUAAACAACCAAAGCACAACGUUGCAAGCGAGCCAGUAAGGAUAGAAUUACCGUCUGCCGAUCUCGUUCAAGUUGCUGUUAAUCAGGUGUUUGCUCCCUGGAGUGGAUCAAAACGAGCCUACUAUCCCGCGACUUGCUUUGGUAAACCAUUUGGGACCUCAAGCACUAGGUACCUUGUGAAGUUCGAGGAUGCUGCGCCUAUUGAAGUUCCCAUGAGUGCUGUCAAAACCUUGGAAUUGAGGGUUGGUGAUGCCGUCAAAGUGGAUAUGCCUAAUGUUCCCAAGGUCACGCACAUCAUUCGAGGCUUUGCCGACAAGCUUGGCGCGGAUGAACUUUCUAUAGAAGCUAACAAUGGAGCGGUGCCAAUGACUGAUGUUUAUGGGCACGCAACUGCUAUAUUGGGACCAAAGCAACGGAAAAGUCUCCCCAGCGGAGGACUCACAGGGCCUGAAAGCGUGGUCAAGGUUCCAAUCUCUCGGAUCUAUUUGGACACAAUCCUUUGGAACCAACUCAAAGACCGCGCAUAUUCCUACAACUCUGUGCCGAUCCAGUCCGACAGCAGAUUUCAGACACCCUCGGAGAGACACUCAACCCCGAUCUCCCCAAGUACUCGAUUGUCUCGCAGCAUCCGGUUUUCGAACGGCGUCUUCUCAGGGAUGGUAUUCGCUGUGUCUUAUGGCGACAAUAAUGAUACGAAAUCACGCAUCACCCAGAUGAUCCUGGACAACGAUGGACGCAUCCUGCAUGAUGGCUUUAAUGAGCUGUUCGAAUUACCUCCGAACGCUCCACUUGCCACGCCGUCAAAAUCGCCAGCUCCAGGUGCAAUAGAGAACAGAAACUACCUACGUCUUACCCGCGGUGCCGAGGAUGUUGGAUUCGCUUGUCUGAUAGCCGAUAGGCAUUCUCGACGCCCAAAAUAUAUGCAAGCGUUGGCUCUGAACCUGCCGUGUCUUUCGGGCCGCUGGAUAGAAGACUGCGUAGCCCAAGGCCGGGUUGUGGACUGGCAGUUGUAUCUGCUACCGGCCGGUGAAUCGUCUUAUCUGAACGGAGCCACAAAAUCAAGGAUGCUUACACCUUAUCCAGCCUCGGAGGCUCGGCUUCCCGAAGUUAUCUCUGCGCGGCCCAAUCUCCUGGACGGACAAUCUGUUCUUAUCGUCAUGGGCCGCGGCAAAGCAGACGAGGAACGAAGGAAGGCGUAUUUGUUCCUGACAUAUGCCUUGGGUGCUUCCCGGGUUGAGCGGGUCCCAGAUGUCAAGUCCGUGCGCACCGUUCUCGACCAGGAAGGAGGUACCGCGGACAAAUGUGAAUGGGACUGGAUCUAUGUCGAUAAUGAUGAAAAGGCAUCGGCGAUUGCGACGAUCCUUGGAGCUCCUCUGUCAGGCUCGCAGAAAACCCAAUCGACCCAGAAGCCCAAGAAACGCAAGCGAGCGGAGUUUACGGAGUCGAUCAGCAGCAACGGCGCCGGUUUGAAUACCAACGUCAAGAUAGUCGGUAAUGAGUUCGUCUGUCAGAGUCUGAUUCUGGGAAAGUUGUUUGAUUGA